AGCAUGGCUGCAAUCACCACUUGGGCCCUGGCCCUCCUCUCAGUGUUUGCAACCACUCAGGCACGGAAGGGUUUCUGGGACUACUUCAGCCAGAGCAGUGGCGACAAAGGCAUGAUGGGCCAGCCGCAGAAGCUGGCACGGGAGAGCAUGAAAAACAGCUUCGAGCAAGACCUCUACAAUGUGAACAAUUUGCUAGAAAAGCUGAACCCCUCCAGCGGGCCCGGGAAGGAGCCUCCCCAGCUGGCACAGGAUCCAGAAGGCAUGAGGAAGCAGCUGCAGCAGGAGCUGGAGGAGGUGAGAGCUCGCCUGGAGCCCUACAUGGCUGCAAAGCAUGAGCUGGUAGGCUGGAACUUGGAGGGCUUGAGGCAGCAGCUGAAGCCCUACACCGUGGAGCUGAUGGAGCAGGUGGGCCUGGGUGUGCAGGAGCUACAAGAGCAGUUGCGUCUGAUGGGUGAAGACACCAAGGCUCAGCUGCUGGGGGGCGUGGACGAGGCGCUGAGCCUGUUGCAGGAAAUGCAAAGUCGCGUGCGGCACCACACCGACCGGGUCAAAGAACUCUUCCACCCUUACGCAGAGCGCUUGGUGACUGGCAUUGGGCACCAUGUGCAGGAGCUGCAUCGCAGUGUCGCUCCUCACGCGGUUGCCAGCCCCGCGCGACUCAGUCGCUGUGUGCAGACCCUGUCCCACAAACUCACACUUAAGGCAAAGGACCUGCACACCAGCAUCCAGCGCAACCUGGACCAGUUGCGCGAGGAGCUCAGUGCCUUCGUUGGCGCCAGCGCAGAUGGGGCAGAGGAUGGAGCUUCCCCGGACCCCCAGGCUCUCUCUGAGGAGGUCCGCCAGAGACUCCAGGCUUUUCGACAUGACACCUUCCUACAGAUCGCUGCAUUCACUCGCGCCAUUGACCGGGAGACAGAGGAAGUCCAGCAGCAGCUAGCACCACCCCCACCUAGUCACAGUGCCUUCGCUCCUGAGUUGGGACACUCAGACAGUAGCAACAAGGCCUUGAGCAGACUGCAGAGCCGACUGGAUGACCUGUGGGAAGAUAUUACCUAUAGCCUUCACGACCAGGGUCAUAGCCAGCUGAGAGAGCCCUGA